AUGGCACACACGAACCUCCACCACCGAAGGACACACAACCUACUAUUAAUAUCCAAACUUCUCUCGCAACAGUCGCAAGCCUCACCCUUUACGCUUGUGCUCGAUACGUUGGAGCAACCGGCGCGGCCGCUGCUACGCGAGUACCUGCGGCGCGCGAAGUUGUCGAAACAGGUACCGGUGACUACGGUGUUUCUGGCGUUUGAGACGGUCGUGAAGCCUGAGAAUGUGGAUUAUUUCCUCCCUUGGGGGCACGGGCACGAUUUGAGCGGCGCGAGAACUUCAGCAUCAAGAUGGCAAUGGCAGAGGGAUAUUGCGCGAGAGUUCGCAGAUAUUGUGAAACGAAAUCUUGGGAAGAGGGUUCUUGUGAUUCUGGACUCGAUGACGAUCUUGGCCUCGCUUUCAGCGGAUCCGGCAUCUGAUCUCAACUUGACGGCUUUUCUCUCGUCGCUUCUUCAGCCACAGGCCUUGCAGUCAAGCAGUUCCGAGCAGGAGCAGAGACAGCCGCCCCAGGUCUCCUUGGUCACGGUCUAUCAUACUGAUGUUCCUCUACCCUCUCCGAGCGCUGGACCCCAGCAGGGGUACAGUCCGUCACCGCUAUCGCUUCUGUCUUACCUCGCGACAACCGUCAUCACAGUCCACUCACUGGCCAUACUGCUGGCCGAGAAAGCUGCACUGGCAAAAUCGCUUGCCUCGCCGUCGUUUGGUCUGUCUGGGGAGAUCGAAGGUGUAAUAAUCGGGCUGAAGCCGAGAGCAGUGGCCAAUAUGACGCCUGGUGAGAAAGGAAUCGUGUUGGAACUAGAGCAUCGGAGGAAGAGCGGGCGGGGUGUAAGGGAGUGGUUCUUUUUGCCAACAGGAGCGACAGCCGGAAGGGCAGGCGGGGCCCAGGCAUAUCGGGACACGGUCAUUUUGUUGGACGAUCAUCCUCAGUUUCGCAAGCCGAAGGAGGAGGGGGCGGACGAGGAUCAAGAUUUGUCGGGUAUGACCUUUGAGCUAGGGUUGACGGAGAGGCAGCGCUUGGAGCGCGAGGGCGUGGUAUUGCCGUACUUUGAUGCUCAGAAGGCGGGUGGCGGAGGUGAGGGUGGGAGGAUCUUGUAUGACAUGGGUGUUGAAGACGACUUCGACGAGGAAGAAGAUGAGAUCUGA